CGUGGAGUCGUGUCAUUUCCCAAUAUGGCCAAGCCGACGCGCACGACAAUUGCCGUGGCCAUAACCUUUGUCGCUGUCGCCGCCUUUGGUGCCUGCGUCGCCGCCCUCGCCGGCUCCAUGUACAAUGAGGUCGUCGCGCUGCCGCACGAAGUCAUGGUCUUGGUGAGCAUCUUCACCAUAGGCUUUGCUGCGCUUGGUCUCGUGCAUAUAGUUUGGACGCGGGGCGACCCUUCGCACUUGUUGUGUCUCUUCCUUGUAUUUGCCGACUUGGUCUGCUGCAGCGUGCUCUUGGGCGACGCUGUCAACGCGAUUCCUCUCACGAUGAGAGCGGUCGAGAAAGCGCCAGUGCUCACGACGUACCAGCACCGCAUGGAGGCGUUCUUCGCCUCGGACGCGUCGCGCCAGUACAACUACAGUGACUCCCUCCUUGGUCGAGGCUACGCGUCGGACGUACCAUCGAACCCAAUGCGCUACACCUACAGCGACGAGCCACCGUUUUUGCAGCGCCUUCCCACUCGCACAAACCAUCGUGUACCGGGCAUGUGGCCCGACCCGAACGUGACGGCCGAGAUUGCACGCACCCUCGCGACGCUCCCGACAAUCUUUUUCAACGUCAUGGUGACCGCAACGACGACCAUCGACAGCUUCUGCGUCAACUUGACGGAGACGAGGAGCAAUGUGUCCACGCUCGACCCGGUGGCCGUCCAGCGCGCGGCUGCAAUCAAAAGUGAGCUCUACAAUCUCUGCCGAGGUUGUGCCGUGCUCUCCAACGUCACGACCAAGUACGAUGCGCUUCAGAGUUGGAUUCAUGCCACGUGCCCCAUGGAUGUGCCCAAGCCCACAGGCGCCUACUGCGUCGCCACCGCCGACUGCACCGCGUACAAGAUCAAGAACCAGGAGGACCUGCCCGUCCUCAUCGCUCGCGACUACGAGCUGGCGGUUGCGAUUGCCGCGGGCACCCUCGUCUUCUUCUUGCUGCUCCUCUUUGCGCGUCUCUGGGUGCUCCACCGCGCUCAGAAACGUCGCGAAGCCAUGCGCGAGGCCGUCGUGCAAACGCCCGUCAACAACGCCUAGUCGUUAACUAUAUACCGAUGUCACGUUUACC